CUCGGAGGACGCGCGGAAAACACGAGUAAACACACGCCGGCUGGAGUCUCUCUCUGCUGGGGGUUCAGAGGCGAGCUUCCCCCCACCUCUCGCCCACCUCCAGCCCCCUAUCCUCGGGCACUGCGGCGGUGAAACACGAGCUAGUUCGCUGGAAGAGCUGGAGACCGGCAGCGGAACGGCAGAACCCACGCGAACUCGUCUCUUUUUCCUUUUUUAAGGCUUUUGAGUCAUAUCUCUUUCUGUUUUUAUUGCAGCAGAGCUGCAGGAUAAAGCCCGGGACUAAAAAUUAAGUUUCAGUCAUAUUUGUAAUCGUAAAACCGCGUUUAACUCGAGAUAAUAAUUCAACAGCUUCCUGGUUCCUCAGCCUGCAGAAACAAACAACACUGCCAGCAGUGACGCGCUGGUGGAGCGCGCGAGCGAGCCUGUGGAACGUUCGCACGAGAGUAGACCGUUUUUGAAAAUUAAAAAUUUGAAAAAAAUCAAAAACUGGGGACCGUUAAAAUCCGUUAAACUCGUUAAAAUCAGUUGGAUUUCUCUCUUCCUGGUGAAUGGAGGUCCGUAUGGGAUUUAAAGCGAUGGUUUUUCGAUAUUAAACGGUAAAAGUAGCCACCAGGAGGUGGAAAAGGUGGAGGAGAGGGAGCAGCGGCGGCGUCUCCUGCACCCUAGCCUGCCUAUGGGUCAACCGGGCUCCAGCUGGAGCUGGAAUUGGACCCGGGCCUGCUGCCAGGAAGCCGAUGUGGACCCCGAGCGGGAAAGACUGUGGGCCGAGCUCUUCGACGAGCUGGACCUCAACAAGGACGGGCGAAUCGACAUUAACGAGCUGAAGAUCGGGCUGGCAGCGCGGGGACUACUCCCCCAGACCUCGGUUGAGGAGCAGAUUGUACGGGCGGGAGACACUAAUCAGGAUGGGCAGCUGGAUUUCGAGGAGUUCACUCAGUACCUGCGGUCACACGAGAAGCGUCUCCGGCUCAUGUUCAGCAGUCUGGACCGGAACAAUGACGGUCAGAUCGAUGUCGGGGAGAUUCAGCUCUCUUUACAGAGUGUGGGGGUGGAUGUUACAUAUGAGGAAGCUUCCAAAAUCCUGCAAAGUAUGGAUAAGGAUGGCACUAUGACCAUAGACUGGGUGGAGUGGCGGGACUAUUUCCUGUUUAACCCUCUCCACAGUAUAGAAGAUAUCGCUCACUACUGGAAACACUCUCUGAUCUUGGAUAUUGGGGAGCACCUGACGGUUCCUGACGAGUUCUCGGAGAAGGAGAGGAAGUCAGGGUUUGUGUGGAGGCAGCUGAUGGCCGGAGCCAUGGCCGGAUCCGUGUCCAGAACCGGCACGGCUCCAUUGGACCGACUCAAGGUCUUCCUGCAGGUUCACGGUCAGAGCUCAGAUAAAGGCAGCGUAUGGAAAGGUUUGAAGGCGAUGGUGAAGGAGGGCGGGAUCAGAGCUCUUUGGAGAGGAAAUGGAAUCAACGUUCUGAAAAUCGCCCCGGAAACCGCCAUCAAGUUCCUCGCUUAUGAACAGAUUAAGAGGAUGAUGAAUGGCAGUAAAGAUGGAGGGAGUCUGAAAGUGCAGGAGAGGUUCAUCGCUGGAUCACUAGCAGGAGCCACUGCACAGACUAUUAUAUAUCCUAUGGAGGUGCUGAAGACUCGUCUGACCCUGCGUAAGACCGGUCAGUAUUCAAGUGUGGUGGACUGCGCUCGGCAGAUCCUGCAGAAGGAGGGCGUGCUGGCGUUUUAUAAGGGCUACAUCCCCAACAUACUGGGCAUCAUCCCCUACGCUGGCAUCGACCUGGCUGUAUACGAGACUCUGAAGAACACCUGGUUGCAGAGACACAGGUGUGAUUCGGCUGAUCCAGGUGUGUUGGUGCUGGUGGGCUGUGGAACUGUGUCGAGCACCUGCGGCCAGCUGGCAUCGUACCCGCUCGCCCUCAUCCGCACACGCAUGCAGGCCCAGGCCUCAGUGAAGGGUGGUCCUCAGCUCUCCAUGCUGUCUCUGUUCCGCAGUAUUGUGGCUCAGGAGGGCGUGGUGGGACUUUACCGCGGUAUCGCCCCAAACUUCCUGAAGGUCAUCCCUGCGGUCAGCAUCUCCUACGUGGUGUAUGAACACAUGAGGAAAGUACUGGGGGUGGGAGCCAGAUAGAAAGAGACUGUAGCAAAAACUUAAGAAACUUCAGAAAACUGUUAUUGGAGCCAAAAUUUCACUUCUUACAUUAAUAGAUGGACUGAAGAUGGGCUGACAUGAUACAGAUCAAAGGGCUUUUCACAUGGCGAGAGGCAAAGACAUCCUUACACUCCUAUAAUGACAAUCAAACCUAUACAGUUGGCUCUCUUUCUGAAUUUGCCUAGGGUUAUAAAUAGGGGUGGGCGAUAUGGCCCUAAAAUAAUAUCACGAUAUUUCAUGGUAUUUUCUCGAUAACGAUACUCCUGGGGAUAUGACAAAACACUGAAUUUAAAAAAAUAUUUUAAGAAUACACUACUGCAACAAAAUAAAAAUUAAAUGAUAUUAUUGCAUACGAUAUGAUAUUACACACUUCUAACUGAGAUAUUAAAAAAUACAAGAAUUUGAUCAGAUUUGUAACAGAAGUCAAUAAUCCAAAAUGUCUUGACAUUAAUAAUAAUGCACUCCAAAUAUCUCCAUAUAUCCAGGAUAAAAGUAUAAUAAAUGAUACUGGACAGAUAUAAUCUGUCUGUAGUAGAUAUAUAAUGGGAAAUGACAACAGUGUGAAUUUUUCUUUUGCUAAAAACAUAUAUAUAAAAACAUAUAUAUUUUAGGGUAUAAUAUUCGUUCAGUAUAUUCAAGCUGAGCACAAAGGGCAGAACACUAUAGGCUUCCAAUAUAGGGUUACAGUUAUAUUGUAUCAUAUUGACCAAAAUUAAGAAAUAUAGAUCAUUAUAUAAUGUUUGGCCAUAUCAUCUAUCCCUAGACUGUCACUUUAAAUGAAGAUUUAAUGUUUUUAAUAGAGUUUUCUAAUAUACUAGGAGGUGAUUUGUCUCAUGUCGUGUGAAAAGUCCAUAUUAAAUGAUUAAAAUCAUUGCUUUCCAGUGAAAAACAAGUAUCUCUCAUUUUUGUGGAUUUUUAUUUUACUACAUAAUUUGAACACACAAACUGUUCCUUUGAACUGUGUUAAAAUUUCUUGACUCUUUUUACAUUGACUUCCAUUGAAAGUUUAGAAGAUUUUAUCUCUCACCUUUAAAGUUGCUGUUUUGGAGAUGCAUGAUUUUCAUUGGACAGCGAUGAAAUUGUGCUUUGAAAGAUCUGGAUUAAAUGUGAACGGACCAAACGCAACAGUAAAGUACCGAAGGACACAGUUGUUUGUUCCCACUGUCCAAAUGGACCAAAGAAAGGACCAAGAGUAUGUCCAUUAAGUUUCAGUUAAGAGGGCUAAAGCAGUCAUGUGAACAACAGAUCAAUAGGUCAUCAAUAUAGGUGAAUAGCUUGUUUAUAUAUUAAAUAUGCAAUCUGGGACGGUGCUUUUUAAACUUGCCGAGGCGGCUGCCAUCGUUUUCACAUUGAACGGUUUAUAUUAGUUAAUUGUACAGUUUUAUUGUUUUAUUGUUUAUUUUGAUUGUUUACUUGUUUGCUUAUUUGUCUUGUUGGUCAACAGGGUCCUGAUAUUCAGGCUCACAGACCAUUCUCAUCAGGAGGUGAAAUGACGUGUGUGUUAAACCUGAGAAAAGUGUGUGUGUGUGUGUGUGUGUUACGCAUAUGAGUGAGCAUGAGGUAUAUUUUAAUGUGUGUGUGUGUGUGGGUAACCCUGUACAUGCACUGCAUACAGCACCAGUCAAACGUUUGGACUUUUAAUGAAUGUACAUUGUUUUUUUUUUUAUUAAUAUUUUCAUGCAUUUAUGUCUGGAAAAAACAAUUCAUAACACAUCAAUGCAAGUAGUAAUAGACCCAGAACUCAUUUAUACUAGAUAAAAACCCGAUCACUCAAACCACUUUAGGAGGUGGUCUCAGAUGCACUCAAAACAGAUUCAAAUGCCAUCAUUCAAAUUGUUCACUUUAAGAGGUGGUUUGAGACACACAUUUAAAACAGAUACAAAUCCAGUCACUCAAACCACUUCAGGAGAUGGUCUGAGACGAAUUAUAGCAGAUAUGUACAAAUCCUAUUACUCAAACCACUUCAGGAGAUGGUCUGAGACUAAUUUAAAGCAGAUAUGUACAAAUCCCAUUACUCAAACCACUAUAGAAGGUGGUCUGAGACACACGUUUACAACAGAUACAAAUCCAAUCGCUCAAAUCAAUUCAGGGGGUGGUCUGAGACACAUAUUUAAAACAGAUACAAAUCCAAUAACUUAAACCACUUCAAAAGGUGGUUUGAGACACACAUUUAAAACAGAUACAGAUCCGUUUACUCAAACCACUUCAGGAGAUGGUCUGAGACGGAUUUAAAGCAGAUAUGUACAAAUCUGAUCACUCAAAUCAUUUCAGAAGAUGAUCUGAGACACAUUUAAACUACAUGUUAAAGCAGUGUAAACACAUCUGUCCAUUACAACCAAAACACCAGUAAUAAUUGAAUGACUGAUUCAAUAUGACUGAUAAAUGUUCCACUGACCAAAAUACCACCCUGUUACAAAAGCCUCACAUAUUAGCAAUACUUUAACUUUAUUUAAUUAACUCUCAUGAGUCAGUAUGUCCAAACAUUUGACUGGUAGUUUGUUUAAGAGAAUGAAAUGUAUUUUCUUAAGGAUUAAUGGAGUGGAGUAAUGAGAAUGAGGUAUGGGGAAUGUCAGGAAAGUGCCUGUUAUAGAGAACACACUGUGUAGUCGGGCUGGACUGAGAAUCUCUUGCCUACUGAAAGCUUGAUUAAACAGUGGUGUGGAACAGUGGUGUGGAACGCCCCCUGGUGUUCCCUGUGUUCCAGAAUCAGCCUGAGAUACAAGAGGUAUUUCUCCAGUUCUGGAAAAGAACGCUUAUCUAGUCAGGGCAGACCUGGAACGUUCUAAAAAAGGUGAUGUUCUGCAGCUCUAUGGUUCCAAAUACUGAAGAAGCUCAUCCGCACAAGAUAAAGACAUGUUCUUAACCUGUAUAAUCCUUUUUUCCUCUCUUUUUUUUUCUCUUUUGUUUGGAGUUUGAAGACAAUGGACGAUUUUUUGUACAAAGCAAGCUUCCUCAAAUAAGCAAAAAUCAAUUCCAAAACAACAGAAAACCUGCUGACUCUGAAAAACUACAGUGGACAAAAGUAUUGGGACACCUACUUUUUCUCACAAAUUCAAUCUUUUGAUGGAGUAACUGUCUCUACUGAACGAAUCUUUCUGAAACACCUCACAUGCUGCACACUAAUACCUGUAUAAACGUCUCCUUCACCAACAACAAAAAACUCAUAUUAGAGAGACGAGAGACUCGUAGCUUUAUAAAGGGAAAUGGAUGAGUUAGCAGCUCAUAUGUGGAGCAUCUAUUGCUGGAGUGGAGAGUAAACAGCUGCUCUGAAGUUCAUGCUCCGGUCCAGGAGGUGAAAAAAGGACAGGUGGUUUGCUUUUGCUGUUUUUGCAGCUAUAGCUGCACAGCUGCACCAAGAGAUGCAGUGUGGGUACGAGAGAGAAGCAUGUAGUGCUAAUGCUAAUGCGUAAAAGUGUAAAAAAUAUGCAUGAAUUCAGAUUUGACUGUUCACAUUCAUGUCGCAUGUCCGUGGAUCAGAUACUUAUCCAAUUUAGGACCGAAAGAAAGAUUGGAAAAAUCGGAUUUGGCACGUUCACACAACUAUGAAAACAUUGUAUCUGAGCCACAUUGAGCAAAAAAUCAGAUUUGAGGCACUUCAGCCUGGUAAUGUGAAUGUAGCCUCUAAUUCCAACAAAUAUUUAAAAAAUUUAAUUAAAGUCUUUGGCCUAGACAAAAUUAACAGCCCAUGCAAAAAACAGAAAUAAAUAAUACAUAUCAAAGAGAAAAAAUAAGAUUUAUUAGAUAAUUUCACUUGCUAAGAUUUAGUUUUACCUUAAUUGAAGUGUAUAACAUCUGUACCCUCUUAGAUCCUGCCAUAUAUGGAAGUCAUGGGGCGGAACCAACCACUUGGGCAACAGGGUGGGGCCAACAGGCGAUAAUGAGGGAAGAGACAAUAUGUCAGUAUUUGAGAGCAGCAACACAGAUAUUAAAAUAGAGGUUGAGGUAAAUGUUACAGAGCAUUAGAGUCUCCUAGUAGAACUUUAUCUGAAGCUUUUUUUUCUUUUUCAUUAGGCAUGGCGCCAAUUGGUUCAUGUUAAGUUAACCAGACAAGCACAUCUGUGUCAACAGCAAAGCAUGUAAAAGCAUGUAACUAAAUUUAAGCAGUUGAAUGCAUUAAUUAGAAGAGGGGGUGUCCAACAACUUUUGUCCACAUAUUUUGCCUGAAUGUUUCCGUAUUCAUGUUGAACUGAUGUGGAAUUCAGCAGCUGUGCUUCAGAAUCAGCAGGUUUUGUGUUGUUUUGAGGGAGUUCAGGGAAACUGCGGGUCAGGGCAGGUCUGAGAGGGCAGAGGUUAGGUAGUGAGGAGGCGCUGGAGUAUCUCAGUAAGGUAUUAGCCAGACAUUAGACCUGUUCGUCCAAUAGGAGAAGAGGUAAGAACAAUCAAUCGUAUUGGUCAGUCUUAGCUUUCAGUUUUAGCUUGGACUGUCCACUUUAGUAAAAAAAAUGAAAGUUUUUAUAUUAGAUGCUCUCUAGCUUUCACUGGAGUCUCAGUGUGCAUGACCUCCUGACCUUAACGGUUGCAUUUUAACUUAACUAAAGAAUCAGAUGCAUGCAAAUAAAUGUGUGUGUGUGUGUGCAAACCAAACAGUAACAAGCGCAAUGACCAAUAGAACACUACUGUUUUAACUGCACUCUGAAAAAAUGAAGGUGCUACAAAGGGUUCUUUGCGAGUGAUGAAAUAAAAAUAACCUAUUUUUUUAUUUUAUUUUAACUAGCAAUGCAAUGGAUGCACAUAAUCUGAAAGUAUUAUUUAAAGAACCCUUCUUACCACCUUUAUUUUUAUAAGUGUAGAUUAUUUGGACUGAAUGGAAUUUAGUAUCAUCACUGAAGAAGAAUCUGAGAAUAUUUACAUCCACUUUUUGCUGUUUGCUUGUUUUUUUAUUAUUUUAUGCUCUUUAAAAACUGCCUCAAUAUCCAGAGGAAGAAUGUGGUAGUUUCAGGCAACACUGGGAACAAAUAGAGAUACAAAGUUUUUAUUGCUUUAUUCAGAUAAAAAUUAUUUUAUUGCAUUACUGUUAUUUUAUUGAUUGAAUUUCUGUUUGUUUUAGUGAAGAAAAAGACUGUUUGUACUUUUAUGAAUAUAUAACAAACAUUUUUUGACUUUUUGCCUGAAAGAAAACUUUUUUUGUGGUUGAAUGCAUGCUAAAAAAGGUUGUAUGUGAAUAUAAAUGAUAAAUUAUUAAAUUAUAAUCAUGACUUAA